AUGGUGCUGCAGGACUCGGUGCUGCAUGCUGGCGACCGCGUGAACACAUCGCGCGUGCUGCUGCACGGCCGCAGCCUCGUGCUGCAGAGCGUGACGCGUGACGCACGCGGCGGGUACGCAUGCGCCGCGCAUAAUGCGCUCGGUGCGCGCACCAGCGACCCUGUCACGCUGCAUGUCAUGUACCCACCGGUGUGCCGUGACCCACCCAACCAGACCAUCGCCAUAGCACCGGGCCAACCCACCACCUUGGUGUGCCGUGUCGACUCUUACCCUAAACUGGUCCGUUUCCGCUGGGCAGUGAACACAAGUCGAGGUUUGGCACACGUUGACCCUUCACGAUAUCGCUCCAAAGAGACCUCUAGUUUCCUUGUAUACAAGCCCCAGAUUUCCUUAUCUCAGGAGGCAGAAGAGAAGAGAAAGAAUUACUAUAUAAGCCAAAAAAGAGGCUUCUACACCACUGACUCCAGUGGCGGCAGCAAUAAGGGUGCCAAUGGGUUUCAACCUAACGGAUUCAUAGAAACAGAUGAAGGGAAGAUCAGGAAAAUAAGAGAUAGUUCUCAAUUUCAAACUCAUUUUAACGAGGUAGAUAAUACUUCAACCCACGCCUUAAAGAAAUUUCCAUUGUAUGCCUCAAUCGGAAUUGAAGAAGAAAUAUUAAGGAAUAUUCGUGAUCCCGGUAAUUUGAACGAUGAAAAAUCAAACGGGCGACUACAAGCCGGUGUCAUGGGUAAGAAAAAUUGGUUUGAUCUCGACACACGCACGAAGAGCAGCAACAAUCAACAGAAAAUUAGCAAUUUCAUUCCAGAUUCUCAGGAGAAACCGAACUACUUCACGGUAGAUGUCUCAAAGUCUGGUAAAAGAAAUCGUCUAGAACCAUUAGUGGACUCGACGCAAUUCGCGACAACGUCUGGAGGAGUGACACCAGCAGAAGGCGUGGUCUUGGACGAAAAUUUGAGUCUCGAGGACAUGGGACUUGAGGAGACCUACGGGGUCAUAUACUGCUGGGGGGAGAACGCACAAGGCACGCAGCAGCAGCCUUGUGUCAUAACCGUCACCCCGGCGGGACCGCCCUCGCCGAUACGCGCGUGUCGUAUCCUGAACCAGACGGCGGCGGCACUGCAGGUGCUGUGCAGGCCGGGAGCAGAUGGGGGACUCAAGCAAACAUUCAUCGCCGUCGUAAAAGAUGAACGCACUGGGGAAAUCGUGGGCAACGCUACAUCCUCUACUCCGCUCCUGACUUUGGCUGGGCUCACGGCCGGGACAGACUACGUCGUACAGGUGUGGACACACAACGCCCGCGGCGCCUCAAGGCCUUUUGUGCUCGAAGGCUACGCUUUGAAAGUUGCAGAGAAUAAAAUAGACAACAGUCAGACAGGGGAUGUCAGCGGCCGCCUGUCAGUGCUGCUCGGCGCUAGCAGCGCAGGUUUUGUUCUCAUCGCCGCGUGUCUCGUCGUCGCUUCCAAAAUCAGAAGAAAGCGUCGCCUUCGGCCGCCGAGAUCAGAAUCUGAUGACGCGCCUAAAACUUCCGUUAGCGAAAACGAGGGCGAAGAAGACGAGACAGAAAGGUCGAGACAGCGGCGGAACAGAGAGACGCAAGAGUCUCGUCUCGAUGUCCAAUCGAGUAAUGGACCUGAUCUUCUCAUGAGGACGGAGUCUUCGAAUAUUCCACUCUACAGUCAUUUGCAGCCUUCACCGCCCAAUGCUGCAUCACCAGUUUUCCAACAACAACCUGUAUCGCACGAAAUACACGAGUGUGGCCAUUAUCGAGAUGAAGGCGCUUUCAGUCGCUCGCAAAAUAAAAUAAACGUCUGUCAUAAUUUCCAUCCAAUAGUUGCAUGUCAACGUCCCCACACUCCAUCGAUUUACUCUCAAACCGUUCCAUUAUAUCAAGGAACUCCGACAGGCAGCGUCUCCGGAGAACAUCCUUUGAAUAACACAAAUUCUAAGCAAAAAACUAAAGAGGAUGAUGAGAGUCGCGAAGUUCAAAAGAAAACUUGUGAGGGUUGUUAUGCCUCCAAAUCUAAUGGAGAUUUGGUCGGAGGAAAAGCUUUGUCUCCGUAUGGCCAAAAAUUACCAUCGUCAAUCUCUGAAGUGAACUUUAACUGUUCUUCGAUCAAAUUUGGAGGAAACGGUACUGCGAAAAGAACUGAACCUUCAUGUCCCUGUAAAAGUUCAAGGAACCACUGCAAUUACGACUGUACGUCCCUGAGCGUUACGUCGGCUUCACUUUACGAUGACGUCCAGAGUCAAGGCAGUUGUCGUCAACCUCCUAUGCAGUAUGCGACAAUUUGCAGGAGCUUCGCAGUGAAGGCGAUGGAGGGCAAAAUGUGCGCAAAUAGCACUCAUCCUUACUUAACGCGAGGGCUCAGCAGCCACGACCUCAUCACACGAACUCCUCACGAUUCUUUUCCUUUCCAAGAAUCCAAACGAAAACCAACGGAUAUAACAGAACAAGAAAUUGAGUGCCGUCAAAGACGUAGCAGCAUAGUAGGCAACGAUACCCAAGAGCCCCCUGCUCAAAUAUGGACGCAUGCUGAUACUCAGCGCAUAGAAGAUACAGCUUGCCAUGAGUCUUUCAAUAAAGAACUCAGGAGCGGCAGUUGCAGAACACAACGAUCAGGAAUUGCACCGAGUUUAGGACCCACGGCCGAUAAAGAGCAGACUGACCACACCCUGCAGUCUCUUGCCUCCGACAAGACCGCGUGUCAUAAAGCGGUCGCCCCAUUGCAAUGCGUCACAGACCUGCCUAGAGUGAAGAGGGACUCGCAUCGUUAUUACACACUUAAAGUCAGCAAUGCCAGGCAAAAUAGCGAGAGCUUCGUUUAGUGCGUAAAAUUCAACUAGACAAAUUCUAUCAAUCCAAUUAAAUUUAAUUUCAAGCACGAGUGAGAACUGGAUUGGCGUUUCUAAUAAUGCACCUCAAAGUGGUUAUUACUCUAGAAAUGCUCAAUUAAGAAUGUCAUGCUAUUUGUGAAGAUGAUUGGAUUAAUGUCCUGUACAAAAAUGUUACUACUUUUGUGCACUUUUCAAGUUUUCAUUACACAACAUCGAUAAAUGCUAAAAUGCUAAAAGGUUUAUUUUACAUGAGCAUGUGGAUAAUGCGUAAUAAAGUUCCUUCGAAAUGUUAAUCAUGGCAGGGAAAUCGUGUAUAUAAUAUAAGUUGUAAUGAAUAAAAUAUAUCUGAAUACUCAUCAUAUAUAAUCUUAAUAAAUAGUUUAUUGCGAAGCUCUGUAUUUAUCUGCCACUCAAACGAAUGCUAAAUGAAAAAUAAAAUAAGUCUGAAUAAAAAGGCAAGAAAACUCGCAUAUCGUGGAUCCAUAGACAGUUUAUUAGAAGGCAUAACGUAACAAAUCAUACACUCGCAGAAUUCCGCCAUGAAUUAAACCUCAAAAUUUGCUAAUUAAUUUUAUCACAGGAUAUUUCGUAACAUUGGCACUCUGAAUAAAGGGCCAAGAGAAACGAAAACAAAUUCAAUUUAUGAAUACUAGACGACGUCAAUGCUUAUGUCUGAAUAAUAAUUACAUGAUUGAACUAUUUUUUCGAGUAUAUUGUGAGUGGUUGUGGUAGUGCGUCUAAAACAACUAGACGUGUUCUGUGCGGCGGAACCGAGGCAAAAAAGGUCAAAUUACUAAUGCACACCAGCGACAUCUUCCGGGAGUGCAAAGAGCCUAAAUAAAAGACUUCGUUUGGCCUGCCUUAAGUGUUCCAGAGACUCUAAGUGAACUCGUUGGUUUAUCUAAAGUGUUCCAUUGACUCCAAGUGAACUCGUUGGUUUGUCUAAAGUGUUCCAGUGACUCCAAGUGAACACUUUGGACAAACCAACAAGUUCACUUGAAGUCAAUGGAACACUUUAGACUCUAAAGUGUUCCAUUGACUCCUAGUGAACUCGUUGGUUUGUUUAAAGUGUUCCAGUGACUCAAACUUUAACUCCAGUGUUUCAAAGAAAAUUCGGUGUCACAGAUUUAAAUAACACAAGAGAAGUUUUUUGAAUAGCUGAUGUGCUCAAGUGUGUCAAGUUUACUUUCCAAGUGUUUCCAGUUUACUUCAAAUUCUCGCUCAAACGCAAACAGAACAUGUAUUUCAAAUUUGAAACUUUAAUAGAAGCUUUCAAACGUGGGAAAAAUCAAGCAUGCGAAACGAACACCCUUAUCAAUUUACCCAGACCCAUUCUAUUAUAUUAUCCUUACACCUAGAAGUAUAGGUUAGGAAUUAUCACCAUUUAUAGUGUAAAUAUUGACUCCUGAAAGCAGGCUUAAAUGAGGACAAAUGUAAAUAACAUGCCAUAUUUCCCUGAUAUAUAUGACUAAAAUGAGAGAUAUUUAAACUUACCUCAGGAGUGAACUAUUUUAUAAGUUUCAUACUGUAACGGUAAUCAUACUUCGGAUUCUGUCAAAUAC